UCCAGGGCCGCAGCAGUCAUGGUGAACUUACUUCAGAUUGUGCGUGACCACUGGGUUCAUGUACUCGUCCCUGUGGGAUUUGUUGUUGGAUGUUAUUUAGACAGAAAGAAUGAUGAAAAACUGUCUACCUUCCGCAACAAGAAUAUGUUGUGUAGAAGGGAAUUGAGGCUCAAUGAAGAAGUUACCUGGAAGUAAAGACUGUGGCUGAAUCACAGAAUAUUCACAUUUUAAAAGUUCUGAUACAAAUAAAAUCAUGUUUAUUAUUU